AACUGGAGCAGAAGGGGAAGGAACUUGACCUCCAGGCCUGGGCCCCCAGGGCCAGUCAGAGGGGAGGGGAGGACAAAGGAGACCUCUGGACUUCUGCCUUUUUUCUGCUGGAGCAGGCACCAGCUCCCUACCUGCCAGGGUCAGGGACACAACGACUCCUUCCCUUUCCAGUCUGGAAAGCCCCCUCUCUGUCCCCACCCCCACCCUGGGCCUGGAGGAGGAGGCCUGGAGUCCCUGGCGGCAGGCCUCUGCCCACAUCCCCGCUCCUCAGGAGCAGGAGCUCUUUCCAGGCUGGCCAGGACCCUGGGACUUCUGUGGACACGUGUCCUUGGAUGAAAGGGCAGUGCUUCCAGGUCGCGCUGAGCGUGGGGUUCAGCUGUGAUUGCAGGCACCUCUGCCUAGUGGCUGUUGUGAUUUGAGAUCCUCUGGUGUCCCGGGCGGCUGAUUCUGGGCGCUGCGGAUGAAUAAUACUGGGUGUGGCCCCUCCUGGAGGCUUCGGGCCUUGGGGGCCCUGGCUGGAGCCACCCUGCUUCCCGCCCUGUGGCUCCUGUGGCUAGUCCGGGCGGCCCCUGUGCCAGGCCCUGCGCCCCCACCCACGCUCACCAUCCUCAUCUGGCACUGGCCCUUCACGGACCAGCCCCCAGAGCUGCCCAGAAACACCUGCAUCAGCUACGGGGUGGCCCACUGCCACCUGAGUACCAACCACAGCCUGCUGGCCGUCGCGGACGCUGUGGUCUUCCACCACCGUGAGCUACAGACCCAGCGGGCCCGCUUGCCCCUGGCCCAGCGGCCACGGGGGCAGCCCUGGGUGUGGGCCUCCAUGGAGUCACCCAGCCACACCCACGGCCUUGGGCGCCUUGGCGGCAUCUUUAACUGGGUGCUGAGCUACCGCCAAGACUCCGAUAUCUUCGUGCCCUACGGCCGUCUGGAGCCUCACAAGGGGCCCGCACCGCCACUGCCGGCCAAGAAGGGGGUGGCAGCCUGGGUGGUCAGCAACUUCCAGGAGCGGCAGCGGCGCGUGCACCUGUACCGGCAGCUGGUGCCUCAUCUGCAGGUGGAUGUGUUCGGCCGUGCCAACAGGAAGCCGCUGUGUGCCAACUGCUUGCUGCCUACCGUGGCCCAGUACCUCUUCUACUUGUCUUUUGAGAACUCGCAGCACCGAGACUACAUCACCGAGAAGUUCUGGCGCAACGCGCUGGCAGCAGGGACCGUUCCUGUGGUCCUGGGGCCCCCGAGGGCCACGUACGAGGCCUUUGCACCCGCCGAUGCCUUCGUGCACGUGGACGACUUCAGCACAGCCCAAGAGCUGGCCUCUUUCCUGGUUGGCAUGAACGAGAGCCGCUAUCAGCGCUACUUUGCCUGGCGAGACCGGCUCCGCGUGCGGCUGUUUGGGGACUGGAGGGAGCGCUUCUGUGCCAUCUGCACCCAAUACCCCCGCCUGCCUCGAGACCAGGUCUACCAGGACCUCAAGGGCUGGUUCCAAGCUUGAGCUCUGGCCCAGAGGAGGAGGCAGAGGAGGGUGGCUGGGCGCCGGUGGUAUGGGUGGAAAGCUGGGUGUUGAAAUCAAACCACCGGGCAUCCGGCCCCCACAGGCCACCAUCUGGUUAGUGCAGAGGCUGGGGUUGGAGGCUGGAAAGCAAGGGUCGGGGGGAGUGGGCUGGUCUGGGCAGGCUGCCUAAAGAAGGAGGCUGGUGGGCAUUGGAGCAGAGGCAUUCGGGGGUGAAGGUGAGAGCGGGGAGUCAGUGGGGGUGCGUGUUGCUAGAGGAUCAAAGAUACAGGCUCCCAAGGACCUCCGAGGACCUCCCUCCCCAGCUUGAUAAAAUCCCAGGGGGAUCCUCUGUCCCAGACACGGGCUGGGAGAGGCCAGAGGCAGGGCCCUCCUGCAGUCUGUAGGGGAAAGUACUGGGCCCCCAGACCUCCUCUGUCACCGAGGUCCCUCGGCUUGGGCCGUGCAGGUACAUCACCCACACCCUCCACCGUGCUGGAGCCAGGCCCUGCGGACACCGUGACAAACGAGCCAGGUUGUUGGCCUUGCUGCUGCCUGCGGUAGGCUCUGGGAGGGGCAGUGGUCAAUAAAGAAAGGAAGGACAAGAA